GAGGGCUGAGAGGGGUGCCUGGAUUGCCGGCUCCGCAAGGCCUCCACCGGCUGCUAGCAGACCCCGGCCGCUAGCAGACCCCGGCCAAGGCGGACGCAGGCUCCGCGCACGCGCACUUCCCGCACCUUCCCGCCCUCGCCUCCGGCCCGAGGCCACCCUUGUGCGCUUGCGCGGACGCUGGCACCCGCCCCGUUCCCUGUGGUAGGUGGGGGUCUCUGAGUGGAGCUGCCGGAGCGAUGAGGUCAUUCCUCGGGGCUAAGUGUGCGUGUCCCCGCCCCGGCGUUCCUCCCCCAAUGACACAAGAGCUAGAUCCUGGCGAUCUACGUUUCAGUCUUAACGGUUGCGGCGCGGCGCUGGCCCGGGCGCACGCGCACACUGACACGCGUACACGCACGCACGCGACCGGGGCGGUGGUUGGCGGCUACGGACGCGCGGGACCAGGGGGACGGGCGGGUGCGGCGAUGGGCGAGGCGGAGACGCCUUCUUUCGAGAUGACCUGGAGCAGCACGACGAGCAGUGGCUACUGCAGCCAAGAGGACUCGGACUCGGAGCUCGAGCAGUACUUCACCGCGCGAACCUCGCUAGCGCGCAGGCCGCGCCGGGACCAGGACGAGCCCGUGGAGUGGGAGACACCUGACCUUUCUCAAGCUGAGAUUGAGCAGAAGAUCAAGGAGUACAAUGCCCAGAUCAAUAGCAACCUCUUCAUGAGCUUGAACAAGGAUGGUUCUUACACAGGCUUCAUCAAGGUUCAGCUGAAGCUGGUGCGCCCUGUCUCUGUGCCCUCCAGCAAGAAGCCACCCUCCUUGCAGGAUGCCCGGCGGGGCCCAGGACGGGGCACAAGUGUCAGGCGCCGCACUUCCUUUUACCUGCCCAAGGAUGCUGUCAAGCACCUGCAUGUGCUGUCACGCACAAGGGCACGUGAAGUCAUUGAGGCCCUGCUGCGAAAGUUCUUGGUGGUGGAUGACCCCCGCAAGUUUGCACUCUUUGAGCGGGCUGAGCGUCAUGGCCAAGUGUACUUGCGGAAGCUGUUGGAUGAUGAGCAGCCCCUGCGGCUGCGGCUCCUGGCAGGGCCCAGUGACAAGGCCCUGAGCUUCGUCCUGAAGGAAAAUGACUCUGGGGAGGUGAACUGGGAUGCCUUCAGCAUGCCUGAACUACAUAACUUCCUGCGUAUCCUGCAGCGGGAGGAGGAGGAGCACCUCCGCCAGAUCCUGCAGAAGUACUCCUAUUGCCGCCAGAAGAUCCAAGAGGCCCUGCACGCCUGCCCCCUCGGGUGACCUCUUGUACCCCCAGGUGGAAGGCGGAGAGCAGGCAGCACCAAGUGCAUGCCGUGUGAGUGUGACAGGGCCAGUGGGGCCUGUGGAAUGAGUGUGCGUGGAGGCUGUCCUCUGCUGGGGGAAUGAGCCCAGGGAACAGCGAAGGAGCUUGCCCCCUGUGUCCACCUGUGGGUAUAGCCGGGUAUGGCUCUGCACCCCUUGCACCCCUCUGCCCCUCAUUACUGGGCCUUGGUGGGCCAGGGCUGCCCUGAGAAGCUGCUCCAGGCCUGCAGCAGGAGUGGAGCAGACAGAAGUCUCCUCAAUUUGUGUCUCAGAAGUGAGAAUCUUGGAGAUGCUACAAACAGAACAGGGUCGUGUUUGCAGGGGUGAGGGCCCUCAUCUAUGGGGAAAGGUUUUGGAUUUUGAAUGUGGUCUCAGGAUAUCCUUAUCAGAGCUAAGGGUAGGUGCUCAGAAUAAGACAGGCAUUGAGGAAGAGUCUUGGUUUCUCUCUGCAGUGCCAACUCCUCACACACCCUGAGGUCAGGGAGUGCUGGCUCACAGUGCAUCAAGUGCCUUAAUGCCUCAUAUGAGGAGGAUGUCCCUGGGCCAGGGUCUGUGUAAAUGUGGGCACUGGCCCAGGUUCAUACCUUAUUUGCUAAUCAAAGCCAGGGUCUCUCCCUCAGGUAUUUUUCAUGAAGUGUAUGAAUGUAUGUAAUGUGUGGUGGCCUCAGCUGAAUGCCUCCUGUGGGGAAAGGGGUAGGGGUGACAGUCAUCAUCAGGGCCUGGGGCCUAAGGGAAUUGGCUGAAUAAAGAUUUAAAGAUCCUCC